UUCAAGUUCAGUAAAUAUCAUAGAAACCAAGACACCAACCCAGACCAACAAGUUUCCGACAGAAACAAAAGAGUUGAGUUCCCUGUAAAAGUGAAAAAGGAGUCGAUCUUCUCAAGGGUCACCCUUAAUGGAUGCUCAUCAAAGGAACCGGGUUGAAGAUUACAGCGACGGGCGAACGAGCAGCGACAACGCAGACAAGAACCGGUACCAUCGGCCUUCUCGAGAAAGUUAUCAGAGCUCCGAUAAUCAUCAACAGCAGCAGCAGUCUCAGGAAAGUUAUCAGAGUUUUGAUAAUGUUGAACAAAAGCAUCAACCUAAAGAAAGUUAUCAGAGUUCCGAUCAUCUUCAACAAAAGCAUCGACCUAAGGAAAGUUAUCAGAGUUCCGACCAUCUUCAACAACAGCAUCAGCCUCGAGAAAGUUACCAGAGUUCCGAUCAUCUUCAACUAAAACAUCGACCUAAGGAAAGUUAUCAGAGUUCCGACCAUCUUCAACAACAGCAUCAGUCUCGAGAAAGUUACCAGAGUUCUGAUCAUCCUCAACAAAAGUAUCGACCUAAGGAAAGUUAUCAGAGUUCUGACCAUUUUCAACAGCAACAUCAAUCUCGAGAAAGUUACCAGAGUUCCGAUCAUCUUCAACAAAAGCAUCGACCUAAGGAAAGUUAUCAGAGUUCCGACCAUCUUCAACAACAGCAUCAGUCUCGAGAAAGUUAUCAGAGUUCUGAUCAUCUUCAACAAAAGCAUCGACCUAAGGAAAGUUAUCAGAGUUCCGACCAUCUUCAACAACAGCAUCAGUCUCGAGAAAGUUACCAAAGUUUCGACCAUCUUCAACAGCAGCAUCAGUCUCGAGAAAGUUACCAGAGUUCCGAUCAUCUUCAACAAAAGCAUCGACCUAAGGAAAGUUAUCAGAGUUCCGACCAUCUUCAACAACAGCAUCAGCCUCGUGAAAGUUACCAGAGUUCUGAUCAUCUUCAACAAAAGCAUCGACCUAAGGAAAGUUAUCAGAGUUCCGACCAUCUUCAACAACAGCAUCAGUCUCGAGAAAGUUACCAGAAUUCCGAUCAUCUUCAACAAAAGCAUCGACCUCAGGAAAGUUAUCAAAGUUCCGACCAUCUUCAACAGCAGCAUCAGUCUCGAGAAAGUUACCAGAAUUCUGAUCAUCUUCAACAAAAGCAUCAGCCUAAGGAAAGUUAUCAGAGUUCUGAUAAUCUUCAACAAAAGCAUCAACCAAAGGGAAGUUAUCAGAGUUCCGAUCAUCUUCAACAACAUCAGUCUCAAGAAAGUUAUCAGAGUUCUGAAAAUCUUCAACAAAAACAUCAACCUAAGGAAAGUUAUCAAAAUACUGAUCAACUACAACAACAGUAUCAGUCUCAAGAAAGUUAUCAGAAUUCUGAUAAUCUUCAACAAAAGCAUCGACCUAAAGACUGUUAUCCGAGUUCCGACCAUCUUCAACAAGAGCAUAAGCCCCGGGAAAGUUAUCAGAAUUCCGUUCAACAACAGCAUCCACCUCAAAAAAGUGAUCAGAGUUCUACUCAACAAAAGCAUCCGCUUCCAGAAAGUUAUCGGAGUUCCGAUCAUCUUCAACAAUGGCACCAGGGUCCUCAGGAAAAUGAUCAGAGUUCUGAUGAUUCAAUUGAAGCGUGGGACAAAAAUGUUCGUGUAAGAAGAGGUAAAGGUAAAACAAAGUCUAAAUCUUGUUGCCAAUGAUAGAACACUUAUGUUGUCUUCAGAUGCAAGGUGAAAAGAGAAAGAAAA